AGUGAAAGGAGCAAGAGACAGCUGUAGUCGCCAAGAGUUGGAGCCAGACCAGGAGCCCCAGCUGGAGUUAGGUUUGAAACUGGAACUGGAGCAGGAGCAGCAGCAGCGACUAAAGAAGUUGAGAGAUGCUGGUUUUUUUAGUACUGCUCACUUCCUUCCUUUCACUUUUGUAUGUGACAGCUCCAUCGAUCAGGAAGUUCUUUGGUGGUGGAGUCUGUAGAACAAAUGCGCGGCUUCCUGGGAAAGUGGUGCUAAUCACAGGUGCCAACACGGGCAUUGGCAAGGAGACAGCCAGAGAGCUGGCUCGCAGAGGAGCUCGAGUCUACAUUGCCUGCCGAGAUGUACUAAAGGGGGAGUCCGCAGCCAGUGAAAUCCGAGCAGACACAAAGAACUCCCAGGUGCUGGUACGGAAACUGGACCUCUCUGACACCAAAUCCAUCCGUGCCUUUGCCGAGGGUUUCCUGGCAGAGGAAAAACAGCUCCAUAUUCUGAUCAACAAUGCAGGAAUCAUGAUGUGCCCCCUUUCUAAGACAGCAGAUGGCUUUGAAACCCACCUAGGGGUCAACCACUUGGGCCACUUCCUUCUCACCUACCUGCUGGUGGAACGAUUAAAGGAAUCUGCUCCUGCACGGGUGGUGAACCUAUCUUCAGUGGCUCACCUUAUUGGCAAGAUUCACUUCCAGGAUCUCCAUUGUGAAAAGUACUACUCUAAAGGUCUUGCCUAUUGCCACAGCAAACUGGCCAAUGUGCUUUUCACUCGUGAGCUGGCCAAGAAGCUCCAAGGCACGGGAGUCACCACCUAUGCUGUGCACCCGGGCAUCGUCCGCUCCCAGCUGGUCCGCCACUCAUUCAUACUGUGCCUGUUCUGGUGGCUUUUAUCCCCCUUCAUCAAGUCACCGUGGCAAGGGGCACAGACCAGCCUGCACUGUGCGCUGGCCGAGGGCCUGGAGCCUCUGAGUGGCAAGUACUUCAGUGACUGCAAGAGGACCUGGGUGUCGCCAAGGGCCCGGAAUAGGAAAACAGCGGAGCGCCUGUGGAAGGUUAGCUGUGAGCUUCUAGGGAUUCAGUGGGACUAGCCAGUGGGAAGGCCAUGGCGCUAUCUGGUCCAACCCAUGCCAUCAGGAAAGGAGACCAGAGAGAAGGCCAACCCGAAAGGAUUGUCUUGUUGGCUGUCUGAUGUUGCUGUGGGUGCUGCCUGUUGUCAUUCUCCUGACCCUUCUAGAAACCAUGACCUUCUAGAAACUGGCAUGGCACACGACCUGCACAUGUACUGACCAUUCUUGAAGAUUCAGAGAGUUGCAAGCUGCUGUAUUAAGAGGACUGAGCAGAUCCCAGUCUGGACAUGAGCUGUGUGGGGAGGGGAGGUGUGGAGUGGAAGAAGAACCUGAGAAAUGGGAUCUGUUUCCUCAACGUCACCAGGAAACACUAAGCAUGUAUGCUCAGCUGAGGGUCCAGGAGCAUCAGCAUUGCAUAUGUGCAGGGAAAACAUGCCUCACGGUCGGUCUGGAAGGAUUCCUUUCCUCUCUGAGUGUAAUGUUAAUCUGGACCUACUCAGGAAAAUCAUGGCUGACUUGGACCAAAUUUUCUUCCAUUGGGAAUGACUUUAUUCUUAAUGGGUUUCAUUAUGACAUUUUCACACACAGAGAUCAGGAAUAUUACCUUUUCUCCAUUGCCCACAUUUGUCCUUCUCCAUAAAA